AAUUUGGGGAUAUCUAGUGAUUGAAAUAACACCGUGGUCUCCAUGAAGUAGAUUAAAAUUAAGCAGUUUGUAGGCACAUUGAAACCUUCAAAUUGAUUGGUGAAGUUGAAUUAGUUUUACUGAUUUAUGAUGGUAAAAACUUUAGUGCCGCGAUGAUAAGAGGAAACCAAAUUAUUCAUCGACUAAAAGCGGUUGAAAUGCAUGAAAAGAAAAAUAGGAACAGCGAAUAAUAAUGCGUCCAUUAGGAGGCGGUUAAGAGACAGUGAGAAUCGUGACAAUAUGGAUGAUAAAGACGGUAUAAAACUUGAAGAAAAACCGAAAUAUAAUGCCGUACCUAUUAAUGACCAGGAGUACGAUGACGACUAUGAUCCGCAUCAACAUAGACAAGUUGAUAAACCCACCACAAACAUGGAAACUUUAGUCCAUAUUUUAAAAGGUGCUCUUGGAACAGGUAUCUUGGCGAUGCCAGAAGCUUUUAAAAAUUCUGGAUAUGUGAACGGCAUUAUAAGUACCCUCCUAAUUGGUGCUUUGUGCGUCUAUUGCCUGCAGAUACUGAUUCGUUCCCAAUAUAUCCUCUGCAAACGACACAGAGUGCCGAUCCUUACGUACCCCGAGUCAAUGAAACUUGCAUUGCAAGAAGGUCCUCAUUUUCUACGUUGGCUUGCAAAUCCAUCUACGUGGAUAGUAGACGGUUUUCUCAUACUUUAUCAAUUUGGUAUUUGUUGCGUGUACAUUGUGUUCGUUGCGACCAACGUGAAGCAAAUUGUCGAUGCUUAUCUUGUGACAUUAGACGUUAAAGUGCAUAUUGUCAUACUCAUCCUUCCAUUCACGCUCAUCUUUCUCAUCAGAAAUUUAAAGCUUUUAGCGCCAUUUUCGCAGUUCGGGAACAUCAUUACAUUCGUAGCUCUUGGGAUGAUUUGCUACUACCUUUUCCAAGACAUGCCAUCAAUUGAUGAAAGAACAAUGGUUGCUAGUGCAGGAACGUACCCGCUUUACUUCGGCACAGUGCUUUUUGCACUACAGGCUGUCGGUGUGAUGAUUUCACUAGAAAAUAACAUGCAGAACCCAAAGAAAUUCAAUGGCUGGCUCGGCGUGCUGAGCAUAGGUAUAGCUAUAGUUACAAUUCUUUACGUAAUUAUUGGAUUUUUCGGUUAUCUCAAAUAUGGCGACGCCGCACUUGGGAGCGUUACACUAAAUAUUCCACAGGACCAGGUGCUUGCAGUUAUUAUAAAAGCAUUGUUUUCUGUGGCAGUGUAUUUUUCAUAUGCAUUGCAAGGAUAUGUCCCUGUCGAAAUUAUAUGGAAAAACUACAUCCAGAAAAAGCAUCCUGACAUCAAACACCCAGUGGUCUGUGAAUAUGGAGUAAGGGUAGUGGUGGUCAUAGUAACAUUUUUGCUUGCAGUUCUGAUACCACGACUUGGGCUUUUCAUAUCGCUGUUCGGAGCUCUGUGUCUGUCCAUGUUGGGUUUACUUUUCCCGGCAGUCAUGGAAAUCUGCGUGCUGUAUCCAAACAACUACGGCAAAUUCAAUUACGUUAUCAUCAAGUGCGUUGUAAUAAUGAUAAUAGGAGUUAUUGGGUUCUGUUCGGGAACGUACACCAGUGUCCGGGACAUUAUUUUGUCAUUUCAGUAACUAAUGCCAGUGAAGAGGACAACGCAUAAGUUAAUUGUAGCAAUAAUAGGAGAAUGCUCAGAGAUGCACGUAGCAGAUUUCUUGUGUUCGAAAACUUUUCGAACAAUACUCACCGAACAUUUAGAUUUCAGUCUAAACUUGCUGUAGAUCCAGGCAGAAAGAUUCAACGAAAUCAAGGCUUAUUCUAAACUAAUUCUAAGCAAUGCGGAGAUGUUAGUUACCAAAAACGCUACGAAGUAUUCACUAGUGAUGACUGAACUAUAAACGAUUUGCACAGACGAUCUAUGACCUUUAUAACAGUUUUGAAAUCUCGGAUUAAGAACUCUAGAGCUAGCGUAAAAUAAAAUGGAAAAACAGCAGAGAUUAGCCGAUUUUAUCCUUCACUGCCAAGUAAUGGAGUUAAAGUUGCCGUCUCUGCUUGUAACUUAGAACUGUACGAGUGAGGAAUGUAUGUAUUAAUAAAUAAUGAACCAAA